UCAAUGACCAGUUUGCUGUACUGUCGGUCGGGAGUAAUAUUCUAUUCCUUACUCGGUUGAUGUGAAAGUGAAGAAAACUCAGCUUUUCAGAUUGAACGGAACGCGUUUUGAGCGAAUUUCCAAGUGAAAAAAUUCGUUUAGUUCUGUGGGGCAUUGUGAUACGCAAAACGUGUGGAAUUUGUGGUGGGGAAAAUAGUUGAUCCAAUAACAAACGAGGAAAAGUCCCUGGAGGGUACUGUGAGUAGAAUAGUUAAUUACGACUACAGGAAAAAGUUAUUGAUUUGCUGAAUCAGUGUGGAAAAUAGUGCAAGCUCCAUCGAACGAAGUCAAGCAAAGUGCCGUGAUAAUCCUCUUGCCAGCUGGAAUUACCAUUGAGUGAUCAACAAGAAGGAAAUAAUCCCAUUCGAUUGAGUGCUUUUUCUCGAGGAAAUCAGCAAGAUGGGCGACCACGGCCCGGAUAUGAACACACUGGAAACUGAUUAUGUCGUUUUAAUUUCAGUGGUGCCAGCAGUUUUGGGUCUAACAGCGGCAGCCAUCCUAGCAGUGACCGCUUGUUUCUGUGCCAGACGAAUUCGACGCCAAAAGAAGAAGGCUGGCCACGAAGUGUCGUCGUUACCUUUUCAACCACCACGACCUCCUCGGGCCGUUCGUUCACCUAGUGGUCAACCUCCGCAAUAUCUAAAAAAAUCCCCGUCCCCAACAGGCAUCAAACCACCUCCCGGUGGGCACCUACCGGCGCAGUCUCCUACGGAACAGAGUUGUAUACCGACAAACACAACCGCAACCAUAACUACGACUACCACCAAGUACAGUGAAGAGAACGAGCUGACUCCAAAAAAGGUCCAACUUGAACCCAAAUCUCCCGAUGUAGAUGCUUUGGAUGGAAAUGACAACGAGACGGAAUACGGGAAGUUGGGAGCCAUUGUGUUCAAGCUUCGAUAUUUGGCCGACCGCAGUGCGUUGGUGGUUUCGGUCGUUCGUUGCCGUGGCCUACCGGGAAAGAACCACGGAUCGACAACGACAGACCUAACAGCUCUCCCGGCUGGGCCAUUGUGUAAUGGAAACGGCAACGUGAAACAGUCUGCCACCGACCCUUACGUCAAAUUGCAACUGCUACCGGAUAAGCAACACAAGGUCAAAACCAGGGUGGUUCGUAAUACACGCAACCCGGUGUACGACGAGGAUUUCACCUUCUACGGAUUAACCCUGAGCGAACUGGCCGGUAUGUCACUACACUUUGUUGUACUGAGUUUCGAUCGAUACAGCCGGGAUGACGUCAUCGGAGAGGUGGUUUGUCCGCUAAGUGGAAUCGACUUGCAGCAGAUCGAGAACCAACAGGUCGCCCUGAGCCGCGAGAUACAACCGCGAAGCCUGAAGAUCCGUGCUCAAGGUCGAGGGGAACUGUUAAUUUCACUCUGUUGGCAACCGGCUGCUGCCCGAUUGACAGUGGUUCUACUAAAAGCUCGCAAUUUGCCUCGAAUGGAUGUUACGGGAUUGGCCGAUCCGUACGUCAAGAUUUAUCUACUGUACAAUGGACAGCGAAUCGCCAAGAAGAAGACCCAUGUCAAGAAGCGAACGCUGAGUCCGGUGUUCAACGAGAGCUUUGCAUUCGACAUCCCGUCAACGGAAGGAGCCGGAGCUGCAUUGGAUGGAGUUUCGCUGGAACUGAUGCUGCUGGACUGGGAUCGGGUUACGAAAAAUGAGGUUAUCGGUCGCCUGGAAUUGGGUGGACCAAGGAGUACCGGAUCGGCACUAAAUCACUGGAAGGAGGUGUGCAACUCACCUCGUAGGCAGAUUGCAGACUGGCACAAGCUUAGGGAGUAAACAUGGUAAGAACGGUUUUAGUUGAAGUUGUACAAACUCCCAUGCAAUUUGGGACGGUUAUGUUUUAUAUGAUUUAAUCUUCUUUGAUUUUUCAAAUUUAUUCCACGGGAGUGAAAUGGAGUUGCUUCAAUAUUAUAUUGUUUCGACCAGUGAUGACAAAAUACAAAUUAAAAUCUGACUGUUAUAGAGCUAAAACUGGCUAAAGCUGGCUUCUAUAGUUUGUUAUUAGUUGAUAAGAAAAAAGACGACAUGAAAAAAAAAAAAACAGCUGAAUGAACUAUUAAAACGACUAUAUAGUCAUCACAUCAGAAAAACACAAACUUCAAAUCAGAUUAAAAAAAAAAAUAAACAUAAA